AUGUUAGGAGGAAUAGAAGAGGCUAAUAAACAUAUUAAUUACAUUUAUUUUAAAAAAAUUGUUAAGGAUUAUAUCGAUCAGCCUUAAAAUUAAAAUCAAUAAUCCUCAAAAUCUAUACUAAACUUGAUUGAAUAAACAUAUAAAAGUUUUUAAGGUACUACACCUUCAGAUUUUGAAAUAUAAUUAUUUGAAAGUUUAAAUUCAGAAGAGUAAGAAUUAUUUACUUAGAUUGUUUCUGAUGAUUAAAAUAAAGUACCUAAAAAAUAUGAAAGUUUAUUUGAUAAAUUCUUAUCUAAAUUAUCAGCUGAUCUUUAAGAUAAAUAUAAAACUUAAAAUUUUACUAAUGUAUAUGAAUUUUAUAAGUACAUAUAAAAAUAAAAAGUUGGAGUAGAAAAAGUUUUAGGUUUUAUUUUUUAAGAAAAACUGAAUUAUUAUGUGAAUCAAUAAUAUCUUCUACUUCAAACAUAAAAGGCUAAAGCAAGAAAAAAUGAUUUAUAAAAUAUAUUAAAUGAAUUAGAGAAGAAUGUAUUAGAUUAAAAAAAAGAUUAUUUUAGUUUUGUAGAAAUCUAAUAUGUGAAAUAUUUUUACAAAAGUAUAAAAUCAAAAAAAUGUUAAUAAAGUCUUUAACAAAGUUUUUCAUUUAGAAGAAAAUUACUAGAAUUUAUAAAACAAGAAAUAAAUGCUGCUUAAACACCAAAAUAAUGGAAGCCAUUUCCUUAAACAAUAUGGAAAGAAAUCUAUUAAGAAUUAUAUUAAAAUUUAAAUGACAUAAUUACUUAAGAAGAUGCAAUUUUAUAAUUUAAAAUAAUCUAAUCAAUAUAAUAAUUAAUGAUUUCAUUUUACCGUUUCAGAUGGAAUUAUUUAUUUUUAUUUUGUGUAAUUAUUGUAGAAGCCAAUUUUAGUGCAGAUGAAUUAGAUAAUAAGAUAAAUAUUGCUUAUGAUAUGAUGACUUCUACAACAAGAAAUAAUUUAAAUAUACCAUUUGGAAAAAUAUUAAGUAUGUAUAAUGAAAAAGCUAAAACUUAAAUUAAUUCUAUAUUUUUAGAAAGAGAAGGAUAAAAUUUGGGUUAUGAUUCAUUGUAUUUUGUUGAGAGUCAAUUAAAGUUUAUUAAUAAUAAACUAAUUAAACUUAUUCUUCAAACAAGUUCUUUUUAAAAUAAAAUCAAAAUUUAUGGAGAAUUAAAACUAUUUGAAUUAAAGUUAAUGAGUGAUUGUAGAGAAAGUUUAAAAAAUUAUAAAAGAGUUUUUGAAUAAUUGUCUGAUUAAAUUUUAGAGGGAGAAAAAGAGGAAAAAGAAUGGAAGUCAAUUUUUUAUAAGAGUUUAACAGUUUCUUAUUAUUAAAAAUGGAUUUCCAUUUAUAAUUAAAAACAAAAUUAUGAAUAAAAUAAUAAUAAAUAAUUUUUUUUAUAUCCUUUUUCUAUUUUGACAUUAAAAUAGGAUUAUUAAAAUAGAUAGUUAGGUUAAUAUUAAGAGAUUUUUGAUAGAGAAGAAAAAAUAUGUAAUAUUUGUAUACAAUUUUUAUAAAGAGAUAUUGAAAAAAUAUGCAGUUAAUCUUAAUAAUUGCAAUAAAUUUAAUAGUAACAAUUAGAAGUUUAUAAGGAACUAAUGUAGAAUUUCAUAGAUAUCUUUCUUAAGGAUAAUCCAUUUAUAGUUUUUUUGCCUUCAUUAUUAAGAGGACUCUAUUAUUUUAAACCAAAAUAUCUAAAUAUAGAAAGGAUAGAAAGAGUAAAAUUUUUAGCUGUUGCUUUUAGAGAUAAGAAUUAAACUGAAAUAAAUAAAUUAUUUGAUAGUCUUAAUAUAUCUAGAGAUUAAAAUAAUUUUGAAUGGUUAUAUAAGAUUUCUUAAUAAGUUUUUAAUUAUUAUCUAUAAUUGAAUAUUCCAGCCAAUGAACAAAUAUAAUUCAAGCCUUUAAAUGAUCCUUUCCCAAAUUUUAAUUCAAUGAAAUCUUUACAAGAUUACAAUACUACUUUAUUUAAUGCUAUAUGUAUAUUUACAAGUAAAUUUUUUUCUAUGGAUAAUAAAUUUCAUAUAAAAAAUGAGGAUGUAAUAAAAGCAGAUUUUUUAAAAAAAGUACACUAAUUAAUGAAUGACAAAACUAUAUUUGAAAGUUAAAAUACAGACUAAUUAAUGGGAUAAAUGAUAUAAAAUUUUUAAGAACUUAAAAAUUACAAAUUAUUAUUAAUUAAAGAAGCUACUUAAAAUGGGGAUUAAAAUUUUAUAAAUAAAUGUAUUGAGCUAUUUUAAAAGUGUUUUUAUAGGAAAUAUCUUGGAUAAGAAAUGUUGGAGUUCAAAAAAAUUAAUAAAAUAUCCUUUAAUGAAGUAGAAAAUACAUAAUUUGUAUAAUAAUUUUUAAAUUCAUCAUAUUCUUAAGAAAUUAAGUAAGUAGAUAUAACAAAUAAAAAAAAAGUAGAUGAGUAUUUCAAAUAAUUGAGUACAGUUCCUUAUUUACAGAUUUAUGAUAAAAUGUAAAAAGACUUUUAAUAAUAAUAAGACAUAUAUCUCAAAGAAUUACUUAAAAGAAACUUAUAAAAAUUUAAAGAAGAAUCAGAUAAGUAUGUCAAUAAACCUUAGUAAUAGGUAGCUUAAGUUAAAUAAUCAAUUCUAUAGAUGUCAAUUGUAAGUAAAAAAUUGUAAUUAAUAAAAAAUGAUUCUAGAUAUAAAGAAUUUUAAGCUGAAGAUUAAUAAGUUUUAGCAUUUUUAAGUGAUUAAUUUAGUUUUUAUAUGAAAAAUUUAUUAGGGAAAGUUAUUUAAUCAGUAUUAAUUUAAAAACCAGGAUAUGAAUUUAAAUUAUACUAAAAUAAAGGUGCAUCUGUUAUAGAUACAUAAUCAACAAAAUAUAAAUAAUAAAUGGAAAUGUAAAAAAAAUAUGGUCCAUAAAAAAAUCUAUUAAUUGAUUAAUCUUUAUUAAUUAAUACUGAAAAUAAACCUUAAUUAACUUAUGAAUUAUGUGAUUAUACUCCAAUAUAAAGAUAAGUGGAAUUUAGGAAUUUUUUAUUAGAAAUAGAACCUCAUUAAGAAGACAAAUUAAAAAAUAAGAUUAGAAAAAAUAAAUGGAAAGAAGAACAUCCAGAACUUGAGGAAAUUCUAAAAAAGAGAAUUAAGAGAGGAGCAGAAUUAUGGAAUUAAGUAUAAGAUUUUCUUUGUAAAAGAGAAAAUAAUGAUUAUACUGGAGAUUCAGAAGAAGAAUCAGAUAAAGUGAAAGAAUAAUAAUAAUAAUAAAUAGAUAAUAUAGAUGAUGAUUAGUUAGAUUUAAAAAUAUAAGAUAUCUAAAGAAAUUCAGAACGUCUUUUAUUAGCUGGAAAGACACAUAUAAAAACAAGGUACAUAUUUAUAAUAAUAUAUUUAGAUUAAAUAAUAUGGAAAGUGAUAAUCCUUUAUUAACUCAAAAAGUGAUUACUGUAAAAACUGUUCAAUUUGUUUUAGAAUAACAUCCAUAUUUUAGUAAAAGUAAAAUAUUAUAUAAAUCUUAUAUCUUAUGA